AUGGAUGGGUGGACGAGUGGACAGCUUGCUACGGGCCUCGCUGGGGAUGGAAGGUCGAGUGGAGCAGUCAGUGCAAUCGCAAAAGGUCAUGGCUUCCCAGCUAGCAAUGGACAAAUUCCAACCCUCUAUGUUCCAAAUCGCAACGUUGAGCUGUGA